AUGGUUCGUUUCAAAAACCGUUACCUUCUCGUCGAAUUUCUCAAUCCAUCUUCCCUUUCUCUCCUCCCCACUACCCAGACAACAGACCACAAGCAUCAACCCAUUGAUGACAGCGACUCGGACGAUGAAUACAUUCCCGUUCCUCUACCCGGCGCGGUAUUCUUAUAUCCCACAUUACCAAAUGGAGGUCUUGGACUAGGUGAGGAUGGUGGACAAGUGAUUUAUAGAUCUACAAGAAAUCAGAUAGUAGAGGUUUUCGGGGAUGAGGGAUGGGGUAGAGUGGCAAGUAGUUUCAAAGUGAUCUAUCACUCCCCUCUCACAUCGCUUACCAUCCUACGAAUAGCUCGACCUCAUGUCCAAACUUUACAUACAGGAAUCACCCUCCUCUCGCUCACACCGCCUAGUAACAGGGACGUCCGAUUAGUUCCACGUGUGAUAGGUUUGAGCGGGACUAUUCGUAAAUGUCAAAAUCGAGCUAUUGCGAAUCAUCGUUGGGUCGUCGCUUGUCUCCUUGGGGGUAUGGGGGAGGUGGAGAGGGAAAAGGUGGAAAAGGUAGAGAAAAGGGAGAGGGAAGCUAUGGAGAGAGUUGAGGGAUGA